AUGGCACCGCAUACCAAGCCCGCCCAGUCUGCACCGAGAACCCCUAAAAAGCAGAAACAUAUCGAGCGACUCGCCGAGACCAUCGACAAGCUGAACCGCGAUUACAACCUCGCCAUCGAGAUCCCUGACCGUACCCUGACCCCGAGACACUCCGAGCGCCGUCGCAAACACGAUGCAGCUUUCGCCCGGAGCGACAAGAUUGUGUGCUGCAUCAGGCUCCACUGCUUUCAAAACACCACUCUUCUCGACAAGAUAUUGCAUGCCUUCCACUUAGAGGCUCGUGCCGCCAGCCAGAAAUGGAUUCGUUUGUCCGACUGUUACGACCCCGUCCCUGCCACAGCGAGACCACCAAUAGCCGAAUCUCCGGGAGAGGUGUUGGAGCUUCAAGAGAUUCUAAUCAGCGUGCUGGAGAAGGCUAAGCCGCAGGACAGGGAGGACAUUCCCAAGCCAAGACCCUUUGCGCGUGCCCAGAGCGGUCCGGCAGUCUACAGUUCCAUCGAGGUUCCCAAGUCUAAGAGAAGGCCGCCCGAGGACACGAAGGACUCCCCAAAGAGGUUCAAAGCCAGCCCGGCGGUUGACGAAGAAAUCGACGAAGCAAUUGCCGAUGCUUUGGACAAGGUCCCUAGCCGCUCCCGAUCUGCCAAACCUGAUUUGCCCUCAGCCAAGUUCGCCAAAGACAAUCUCUUCAGCGACAUCAAGCCUAAACCUUUGUCGAAUGUGCUCCCGCCCCUACGGGAAAGCGUGUAUGCUGCUGCCUCCGUCGCAACAUCGGCCACCACCAGCCGGGCUUCUCUAUUCUCUGCCGCAAAUGAACCUCCUCCUAGUACUCAAGAGACAGUUCCAGCGCCAAGCUACGAGGCAAGGAUACGAGGACCGGUACUCUCGCAGGAGCCCAGAUCUUCUCAGUCACAAGACCCCUUUCCAGCUUCGUCCGGUCACUUGGAUGCUCUCAACGUCUCCUUCACGGAGCAUGAGGCCGAGGUGUCUUCAAGGCUCUACACCAAGCCGCCCUGCUAUGUACCCACCCCGGGCGACAGCUCCCCCGGCCUCACAACGAUUUACUCGGAGAUCUCAGGUCUUGAUGAUCCCGCCCUGUAUCAGCCAAUUUUGAGCCCAUCAAAACGUUCAGAGCCAGUUGACCUCCAGUCCCGGCUUAUCGCCACCUGGCCCAGAUUCCCGGCAUGGCUCAACCGGGCUCCUUUUGCUGUUGCGUGGGAGAUUACCCGCAUCGCACUCCACUGCGGUGUUGACCUUGGUGAAACCCUCAUGUCUUACGAUGAAACCUGGAUCAACUACAAUAAUCUCUGGAAAGCGCUGCUCGCACACCAAUCCUUCGCCGGCAAAGCUUUCCCCGAGAGACCAACAACGGAUGCUUGGACUGCAGGUCUGAGUGGCUUCAAGUCUCCUCGAGGACAGCAUGUCACUUUCACGGCCUCACUUGUACAAACCAAGAAAGUCAAAUCCGGCCCAAUCUCCUCUUUGACAAUGGAGCCAAUCGCGUUAGACCAGGGCUGCCGCCUGCACCGCCGAUUUGGAUCCGACCGAUUUAUUGAGCUUGUCAUCCCGUCCCCGAACUCCUGGGGAACGCCGAUCAAUAAUCCCAAAAUCUCCGAAGACGUCAUUGAUUGGUUCUCUUCCCGGUUGCAUUAUCUCGCCGGCCGGCAAUGGCGCGCUUUCUAUUCAAGAGACGCAGGGUACAAGACGCCUCAGACCAACGUGAGCGUUGGUCCUGACCCUAAGCCCAUCUUCCGAGAAAAGAUAAGUCUUUUUGCCGAAAAUGGGAACAACUUCCAUGCUGCUAUCCCCAUGAGUUCAAUGCCUAUGGAAACUCCUAGCGAGCUCAGAGUCAAGCUGGAGGUGCGAGACAUGCUCGACUGGCUCUUGCAGUUGGACUGCGACGAACAUCAGCCGUACCUCAAAUUGUUUGCUCGCAUUCAGCUUGGACUCAGCAAAACAACCCCGGUCGUUGUCCUGAAUCGCAAUCAGAUCCGUCACCAGGAGAAAGACAUGCUGUCGCCAAUCGGAAAAGUAAUGAACGACGGUAUUGGCCGCAUGUCACCUAAGCUCGCUCAAAAGAUCAAAGACGUGCUCGGGUUGCAAGACAUUCCUUCUGCAAUUCAGGGGCGUUUCGGCCCUGCCAAAGGCAUGUGGCUUGUUGACAUUAAAGACACUGGAGACGACUUGUGGAUAGAGACAUGGCCAUCCCAGAGGAAGUGGAAUUGCGACUACCUAGAUCCAGAACAUCGUACGCUCGAAAUCAAGAGCCACGCUGCCGAGCCGCGAUCCGCAAGUCUCAACAUCCAAUUUCUUCCUGUCCUGGAAGACCGCGCUGUAGACAAGCCAGUCAUGAGGAAGGCCAUCGGAGACAGUCUCGUAGAUGAACUCAACCGCGAACUAGAAGGCCAGAAAAAUGCCAUGAAGUACCCAGCACAGUUUCGACAGUGGGUGAACGAAAACUCCAUCGGUCGGAAGCAACGCUUGAUCCACAACAGUGUGCCCUUUCUGGCCGGCCUCCCCGACUCCAACGAGGAAACGAUGAACUUUCUCAUUGACGGCGGCUUCGAGCCUUCCAAGCAGAAGUUCAUUCAGGACAUCGCAUGGAACCUUCGUCGCCAAAAGUGCGAGAACCUGAAGAAGAAGAUGAGCAUCAAGAUUCCCAACUCUGCCUACUUUUACAUGGUCAUCGACUUUUGGGGUGUGUUGGAAGAAAACGAAGUGCAUCUAUGCUUCUCGUCCAAGUUCCAGACCGAAUCCUUUUCUGACUCUAUGCUACACGGAUGCGACGUUCUCGUGGCCCGAUCUCCUGCACACUUUGAUGUCAUCGUUUUCUCAGCGAAAGGGGACAUUCCACUGGCCGACAAGCUGUCUGGCGGCGACUACGACGGAGACAAAGCUUGGGUUUGCUGGGAACCAGCCAUUGUGUCCAACUUUGUUAACGCCAAUGUCCCCCCAAGUCCAGACCUGUCCAGGUACCUCAAGAAAGACAAGACAUUGUACGAAGACCUUGUGCGGCAACACGGCAAGGUUGCAGCGGUCCCUGCAAUGAUAAAGCAGAGUAUAGCUUUCAGUAUGCGCCCUAGUUUUUUGGGUAUCGCGACGAACUUUAAAGAACGGCUCUGCUACAAGAUCAACAGUGUAAACAACAACUAUGCGCUGUGGCUAAGCACACUUCUUGGGAACCUCGUUGACCAGUCCAAACAGGGCUUCGAGUUUACGGCAGAUGAUUGGAAGAGGUUCCGCCGAGAGGUGCUCGACAGCCAUAAAUUUCGAGACUUGGAUGAGCCAGCGUACAAGAGUGAGAGUUGGUCUAGCAGAGGUAAUCCUGCCCACAUUAUUGACUACCUGAAAUUCUCGGUUGCCAAACCGACCAUCGACAAGGAGCUGGAGAGGUUCCACCGAGCGAUGAAUACACGCUCUGGUCCUAAACGCGAGUUGAGAUCUCUUCAAUUGAGUAAAGAAGACAACGAGGAGCUGACAGCUGAGUACUGGGAUCCCGACUUAGACACGCCACACGAUGAGCUUGAGAAGCUGGCGUCGACUAUGCCAGUGCUCAAGAAGGUGUUGAAGAACCUGAGGAAGGACUUGAUGGCGCUGGAAGAGCAGUGGGGCAAAAGUGUGACCAUGACCAAGGACAAAGACGAGCUUCCUCGCCGUAUGCUCGAAGUCUACGAACUAUGGUGUGCCAUUCAGCCUCGGGCAGACGAGGAGCUCAACCCCUUGGUCACGGCGUAUCUCAAACAGUCGUUCGAGACGGAGGAGCACACUACGUGGGCCUUGAUUCGCGCCAGUACUGCCUUCAAGUACUGGUACAAGCGAAAGUCCACCCUCCUGUGGCGCAUGGCUGGCAAACAGCUGCAGCAUAUCAAGGCCAUGACAACGGCUUCACGUGACUAG